AUGGGGCGCCUCAAAUGGGUGGACGGCUUGCGCGGAAUCGCAGCUGCUAUUGUAGCCUUUGACCACUUCUUCAUGAGCGAUGUUUGGCACCCCUUUAUCUCUUUUUGGACCGAACCGCCCGAGGGAAACCGUCAUCUGGUUCAACUGCCGCCUCUCCGAAUUCUCUUUGCUGCCCAUGGGAUGGUAACCUUAUUUAUGGUCAUCUCUGGGUAUGCCAUCUCUAUCAGCCUCCUGAAAGCAAGGAGUAGCCCCCAAUUCUUGGAACGUAUGUCGUCCGCCAUCGUGCGCCGGGUUUUUCGCAUCUAUCUUCCGGUUCUGGUGACAGCCAGUCUCGCCCAGUUUCUCUACUUUUUCAACCUUUUUCACUGGAAAUUUGAUGAGGAGUUUCUCGGUCGCCUUCCCCAACCCUGGACCGCACCGUGGGCUCACGUCAAGGUUGUAAUGAGCUUCAUGGCCGACUCUAUCAACAUCAUCGCUUUCGUGUAUCGCGGCUGCCUAAAUGGUCAGCUGUGGACCAUGCCAAUGGAAUUCCGAGGGUCAAAUGUCGUCUACCUUCUCAUCAUCGGCCUCUCAUCGUGGCGGCAGAAGCCGAGAUUCUACAUUCUCCCAAUUACCGCAACUUUCUUCCUUUGGUAUGGCAACUGGGAUGUUUUUGGCUUCAUCUGGGGGCUUUGGCUAGCCGAGAGGGCAGCUACUUCUUCGGUCUCAAGUUCAGAUCUCAAUACUGAAAUGGAGAUGGGAGAGUAUGAAGACAGGCCUCACUCACUUCUCACCUCGUCCCCAAGUCUCAGCUUAUGGCGAGAGAAGGACUGGUACAGCGGCCUGGAAAUGGGGAAGUACCUCACUCUCUCGCACAUAGGGCCCGCAUUCACAUUCGUCAUGGGCUACUACCUUCUUUGCCUUGGACUGGACGGUCAUUUGCCGCCAGGAUACCAAUUUCUCUCCGUCUUCCAGCCAGCACACUGGGCGAACGAUUGGGAUAUAUCACACAUGUGCUGGAAAUCUAUCGGAUCAGCCAUGCUCGUCUACGCAAUCGGGGAAUUGCCGUGUCUGCAACAACCACUCAACACUCGUCCAGCCCAGUAUCUGGGUAAGAUCUCGUUCGCGUUAUAUCUACUCCAUGAGACUAUUUACCAGUUGUGGAGGGAUCCAUUACGUGAUUUUGUUUAUUUGAUGGUGAGCGGGAAGGAGUAUGGGAAUAGUGGGGAGGCAUUGAAUGAUCCGUUCUCGUUUCAUGUCGCUUGGUGGACGACAGGUGUUGUACUGGGACCAGUAGUUGUGUAUACUGCGCAUUAUUAUACAAUAUUUGUGGACAACAGCAUCUUCGAGCUUGCCGCCGCGGAUAUCCAACCUCGCAUCGUCGAAGUCUUCUGGAAAAAUGGAAAGCUAUGCUCCAAGACUCCGCCUCCACCGUUGCUCCAUGUCUGCCAUAUCUCUCGACAGGUGUUGCUGAAGAUAUACAAGCCUUGGCUUCCGCGGUUCAAGGGAACAAAGGCGCAUCAGCCAUAUGAGAAGCUGGUCAAACGAAAAGAGUUGGACAGCGAGCAUGUUUAUAUCAGCUUGGAGCACGAUAUACUGGUUCUUCCUGGUCGAUGCGAACUUGGAUUGAUCCCACGACUACAUUUGCGCCGCUUGACCUUCGACUUGUCCGGCCGGGUGAAGACUCAAGGGGUGAAAGCAUUUCUCACGAAGUUCAAGAGCCUUCGAAAGGUUGCGUUCUUCGACAGCAAAAACGACCCGACCAGGUUAAGCUACAAAAUUAACGUGAUCAGAGAAUGCAUGGAUCGAUUCGCCGCAGAGCAGCGACAGAUCGACCCUAAUCACGUCGCGCCUGAGUUGGUUAGUGCAAGUUAUCUGGAUCUAUAUGACCCCGCUUGGCUACAGCUCACAGCAUUCGAGUCUUGGGAGUGGAUGCGAUACAAAUACUCUGAUGGAUUUGCUCUUCCUACCGUACUUCCCGACCUACGACUUGUACGACCUCAACCGAGAAUUGCAGCUUGCAACGGAUACACUGUGGUAAAGGCACGGUUGACAAUCUCGAAGAAGCGGGAUCGAGACAGUGAUCUGGUGGAGGAGAAUACCGGCAAAAGAUACCGGCUCGGAACAGCAACCACGACAAAACCUGGAAGAGCGCGACCGCACAAAGAGGCCGUUGAUAUAUCUGGCAACAGCACAGGUAGAGCAAAUACACAAACCCCAAAGAAAGUCAAAAAGCACAUCGAAUUGCUCGAUCUUUCUCCGCACGCUCAAGCCGCCGAACCUCGGGGUCAACCAGACGCACUCUCAAGCCCUAUUGCAAAGUUCAACAAUCCUUUUGAUGAUUGGGAUGAUGCGCCCUUGAGUCCCAUUGCAAAAUUCAAGAAUCCUCUCGACGAUUGGGACGACAUGCCAUGGUCCCUUUGAGGAGACAUCGGCGAGUCUAAAACCUACAAGCCGAUGGUCCUUCCCGAUUUGUCAAGCGAAGAUUUAACCUUAGUUCUGGAUGCGGAAAGUGCGCCUGACUUGACUAGGGAAAAUAUCUCGGCACCACAAGUAUUUCUCC